UUCUCUCUCUCCCUCUCAAACGGAGGAGACGGCGCCGACGACGGAGGGGAGGACGGUGGAGACGGCAGUCGCCGGCGACGGAGGAGAAGCUUUUAUCCGAAGAGGAGAGAGAGAGAGCUUGAGGUGUAAUGGCUGCCAAAUUUAAAAAAUGCAUGAUGCUAUGUUGUUCAAAGAAUAUCAUGACGAAAGAAGACAAUAAUAUGUCGACGGAUUCGUACGAAGAGGCCAUUACAGAACUGCAGAAGCUUCUCAGUGAGAAAAACGAUUUGGAAUGGGUGGCUGCGGCGAAGAUCAAGCAAUUGACGGCGGAUCUGGAGGCUAUUGCCGUUAAACAGUUCGAUCCGGUCGAUAGGCUCAAGACUGGAUUUGCUCGUUUCAAAACUGAGAAAUAUGAAAAGAAUCCUGCUCUGUUUGGAGCACUAGCCAAAGGCCAAAGUCCCAAGUUCAUGGUGUUUGCAUGCUCAGAUUCCAGAGUUUGUCCAUCUCAUGUUCUUGACUUUGAACCUGGUGAAGCUUUUGUGGUCAGGAACAUUGCCAAUAUGGUUCCUCCUUAUGAUAAGACAAAGCACUCAGGGGUGGGAGCAGCCAUUGAAUAUGCGGUACUGCAUCUUAAGGUGGAGGAUAUUGUGGUGAUUGGACACAGUUGUUGUGGAGGGAUUAAAGGGCUGAUGUCUAUUCCGGAUGAUGGGUCCACCAAUAGUGAAUUCAUUGAGAACUGGGUGAAAAUAUGUCUGCCGGCAAAGGCUAUAGUGAAAGCAGAGUAUGAUGGAAAAGAUUUUGCUGAGCAAUGCACUAACUGUGAAAAGGAAGCUGUGAAUGUAUCACUUGGGAACUUACUAACGUACCCAUUUGUGAGAGAGGGUGUUUUAAAGAAGACACUUUCUAUCAAAGGAGCACACUAUGACUUUGUCAAGUGUUCGUUUGAGACUUGGAAUCUGGAUUAUGGCGUUUCUCCCUUUCACUCUAUCUGAGAAACAAAACUAAACAAAUUCCAUUUCGCUGUUUUGCUUUUCAUAGCCGUUUUUUUGUUUGUUUGUUUGUUUUGUGUGUUGUUAUCUUCUUAUUAUUGCAAAAGAAAUAAACAAUCAAGUAGAAGCUGGAAUGAUGGAUGGAUAUGGCUUCUUAAUUUAUUUAAGGAUUUUCUUAUCA